GAUAAAACCGUUGACUUCGGCGUGAACUCCAGCUUUUACCCGUUGCUUGUAGCAGAGUAAGCCGGUCUGCAGCUUCGACUUUAGUCAAUGGACAACCGAGAGCUAUGAAAUCGCGUUAAACACGACUUUUGGGAAUAACAAGCUCAACCGCGCUUCUCCGUGACUAAGGACACGUCUUGCUAGUAUUCAGUAUUUUAGCCGGACUGUAUUUGUGAAGAUGUCAGUGGUGGGAUUUGAUGUGGGCUUCCAGAGCUGUUAUGUUGCUGUGGCUCGCGCCGGAGGAAUAGAGACCGUAGCGAACGAAUACAGCGACCGAUGUACACCGUCAUUUGUGUCAUUCGGUCCUCGUAAUCGAUCGAUAGGGGCAGCCGCCAAAAACCAGGUGGUCACAAACUGCAAGAACACUGUGCAGGGUUUUAAGCGAUUCCAUGGCAGGGCGUUCAGCGACCCGUAUGUUCAGGCGGAAAAGUCCAGCCUGGUCUUUGAUCUCGCUCAGAUGCCAACUGGAACCACUGGUAUUAAGGUCAUGUAUAUGGAGGAGGAGAAGGUGUUCAGCAUUGAGCAGGUCACUGCCAUGCUGCUGACCAAACUGAAGGAGACCGCUGAAGCUGCGCUCAAAAAACCUGUGGCAGACUGCGUCAUCUCUGUUCCCAGCUUCUUUACUGAUGCCGAGAGAAGAUCAGUCAUGGAUGCUGCACAGAUCGCAGGCCUUAACUGCCUCAGACUCAUGAAUGACACUACAGCAGUUGCACUGGCGUAUGGGAUCUACAAACAGGACCUGCCUGCUCCUGAGGAGAAGCCCAGGAUUGUGGUGUUCGUGGAUGUUGGUCACGCUGGUUACCAGGUCUCUGUGUGUGCCUUUAACAAGGGCAAGUUGAAGGUUCUGGGUUCUGCGUUUGACCCUGAGCUGGGCGGUAAAGACUUCGAUGAGGUGCUGGUCAAGUACUUCUGUGAGGAGUUUGCGCAGAAGUACAAGCUGGACGUGCGAUCGAAGCCCCGCGCUCUGGUGCGGCUCUACCAGGAGUGCGAGAAACUGAAGAAACUCAUGAGCGCCAACUCCUCAGACUUGCCGCUCAACAUUGAAUGCUUCAUGAAUGACAUCGACGUCUCAGGCACGCUCAACAGAGCCAAGUUUGAGGAGUUCUGUGCAGAGCUGCUGACUAAGGUGGAGGCUCCGCUGCGCAGCAUCAUGGAACAGACCAGACUGAAGAAAGACGACAUCUAUGCAGUGGAGAUCAUAGGCGGCGCCUCCAGGAUUACAGCCAUUAAAGAGAGAAUCAGCAAAUUCUUCGGAAAGGAGCUGAGCACGACGUUGAACGCGGAUGAGGCUGUGGCCAGAGGAUGUGCACUGCAGUGUGCAAUCCUGUCGCCCGCCUUCAAAGUGCGUGAGUUCUCCAUCACAGAAGUGGUUCCCUACCCCAUCUCUCUGAAGUGGACCUCAGCGGCUGACGAAGGCAUCAGUGAUUGUGAAGUUUUCCCGAAGAACCAUGCUGCACCCUUCUCUAAAGUGUUGACUUUCUACCGGAGGGAGCCUUUCUCUUUGGAGGCCUACUACAACAAUCCCAAAGAGCUGCCGUAUCCUGAUCCUACCAUGGGCCAGUUUAACAUCCAGAAGGUGGUGCCUCAGCCAUCCGGCGAGAGCUCCAAGGUGAAGGUGAAGGUGCGUGUGAAUGUGCACGGGGUCUUCAGUGUGUCCAGCGCCUCCCUGGUGGAGGUUGUGAAGUCUGCAGAGGGAGAGGAACCCAUGGAGACAGACACUCCAGCCAAAGAGGAUGAGAACAAGAUGCAAGUGGAUCAAGAAGUACAGAAGGCUCAAGGUGAUGAUCAGAAAGAACAUGCAGACAAGAAGUCGGACACUGAAGACAUGGAGGCUUCAGAAGACAACAAACAGGAGGAGAAGAAGAAUGAACCUCCACAAGCCAAGAAAGCCAAAGUGAAGACAAAGACGGUGGAUCUGCCCAUCGAGAACAGCCUGCACUGGCAGCUGGCCAGUGAAACGCUCAAUCUGUUCGUGGAGAAUGAGGGGAAGAUGAUUAUGCAGGAUAAGCUGGAGAAAGAAAGAAACGAUGCCAAGAACUAUGUGGAGGAAUAUGUUUAUGAAAUGAGAGACAAACUGCACGGAGUGCUGGAGAACUUUGUCAGCGAGGCUGACCGAGAUUCUUUCUCCUUGAAACUGGAGGACACUGAAAACUGGUUGUAUGAAGAAGGAGAGGACCAGCAGAAGCAAGUGUACAUCGAUAAACUGGCUGAGUUGAAGAAACUGGGAGAGCCGAUUCAAAACCGACUCAUGGAGGCAGAGGAGAGGCCAAAAGCUUUGAAUGAGCUCGGAAGGCAAAUCCAGCAGUACAUGAAGGUCGUCGAGGCUUAUAAGGCCAAGGAUGAGCUGUAUGAUCAUUUGGAUGAGCUGGAGGUGAUGAAGGUGGAAAAGCAGGGGAAUGAAACCAUGACCUGGAUGAACAACAAAAUGAAUCUGCAGAGCAAACAGAGUCUCAGUCAGGACCCUGUGGUUAAAGCCCAAGAGAUUCAGGCCAAAACAAAGGAGCUGUAUUCUGCUUGCAAUCACGUCGUCACCAAACCCAAGCCCAAAGUGGAGCCUCCCAAGGAGGAGACUCCGGCCGAACAGAACGGCCCUGUGAACGGACAGGAGGGUUCAGAGGCCCAAGCGGGCAACCCAGAGAAGGGCCAAGCCGCCCCAGAAAACACAGAGGCCAAGCUUCCCGAAAUGGACAUCGACUAAGUUCGUUCGGCUCUCUUCUGCGUUCGCACCAGUCUCUCUCACGCCUCUUAUAUGCCUCUGAGUUUGGAUUCAGAAAAAAUAAAAAACUAAAGAAAACAUUGAUUUUGGGGAAGUAGGCUGCCCAGUUCAGUUCUCUUGCUGUCAGUGGCAUCUUCCUUCCUUCCUUCCUUCCUUCCUUCCUUUCUUUCUUUCUUUCUUUCGGUUUUGCUGUUUAAAAACAGGAUACAUAGAGAUCCAAUCUCCCUUCUUCGUUUCUUCAAACAGGAAAAAAACAUGUUAUAGGUAUUGGACGAGAACCUGGUCUGUCGCUUUUUUUAUUUAUUUAUUUUUUUUUAAUAUCCACAGUUCCAGUUUCCCGAAACGAAGGCGGACGGGAUUAUCAAAUGGGAAGGACUGCUUUAGUGUUGUUUAACGGAUAACACGUUUCUGUUCUGAUCUACUGUCUGGAGAGUUUAUUAGCAUUGAAGAUUUGUUGCACAGGCUAACUUCACAAGUGAAGUUUCUAACUACCAGAUCUUGGGGGAAAAGCACUGAAUCUGCUGAACAUUUUCUCGAGGCAGAGGCAUGAGCCGCACGGUAUGUCCAAGUAGAGCUGAGUUACUGUUAUGCAGCAUUUCGUUGUGAAAGGUGCGUCAUUCUGUGUCGACGGCUUUUGGGUUUAGCCUUGUUUGUUUUCCUUUUCUACUCUGCAGCCUGUGUGAAUGAUGGAGACUAAUGAGUCUGUCACAAAUGAGGAGAAUUAUGAGAAUAAAUUCAUUUUGGUAUACA